AUGAUGCCACCAUGUCACAUGUCAGGGCAUGAAGCCCCUAGGACACGCGGGAAGAACACGGAGGAGGGACUGCAGCAGGUGGACGAGCUGGUGGCACAGUACCGGCACGGGUGCCUGUGGUGGGUCUUGCCAUGGUUGCCCAUCCUACGUCUCUUCCAUCCCAACACCCUCCGCCCCAUCCUCCUGGCCUCAGCCUUCAUCGCCCCCAAGGACCAGCUCUUCUACACUCUGUCCGCUCCUGAGGUCCCCUCUGCCACAUUUGGGCCCCAGCUGGGGUUCCCCCUGGGGUCUGCACCCAUCAAGGUCUCCACCAUCCCAACAGUGAACCCCUCUAGGCAGCCCAGUGAGUACAUCAAGGCCAUCCUGGAGCUGAGCACCUUGGUGGUGAGACGCCAUCACCAUCCGCUCCACCUCUCAUCGUGGCUCUACCGUCUCUCGGCCGACGGACGCCGCUUCGCCCAAGCCUGCGCCACCGUACACAGCUUCACCGCCAACGUGGUGCAGUGCCGGCGCCAGGCCCUUGACCGCCUUGGCCACCAGGCCUGGCUGGAGAGCCACCAGGGACGGAGGAUGGACUUCAUCGACCUUCUCCUGCUCUCUAAGGACGAGGACGGCAACACCCUGUCAGAUGAGGACAUCUCAGCCGAGGCUGACACCUUCAUGUUUGAGGGCCACGACACGACGGCCAGUGGCUUGGCGUGGCUGCUCUACAACCUGGCCCGGCACCCUCACUACCAGGAACGGUGCCGCCAGGAGGUCCGCGAGCUCCUCAAGGGCAGGGACGUGGAGGAGAUCGAAUGGGAGGACCUGUCCAACCUGCCCUUCACCACCAUGUGCAUCAAGGAGAGCCUCCGCCUGCACCCUCCUGUCACGGCCGUGUCCCGGCGCUGCACCGAGGACAUCACCCUGCGUGAUGGACGCGUCAUCCCCAAGGGGAUCAUCUGCCUGAUGAGCAUCUACGGGACCCACCAUAACCCAGACAUCUGGCCUGAGCCCCAGGUCUACAACCCACUGAGGUUCAGCCCGGAGAACAGCCAGGACCAGUCCCCGUUGGCCUUCAUCCCCUUCUCUGCUGGUCCCAGGAACUGCAUCGGGCAGAGCUUCGCCAUGGCUGAGCUGAAGGUGGUGGCGGCGUUGACGGUGGCACGCUUCACCAUCCGGCUGGACGCAGAGCGGCCACCACGCCGCAAGACCGAGCUCAUCCUCCGUGCCGAGGACGGGCUCUGGCUGCUGCUGGAGGGGCUGCCGGAGGUGGCCUGA